GGAGGCCCUCAGAGAUCUGAAGACCAGUGGAGGGAAGGUGUGUCCACUGAGUCGGCGUUGCAACAGGAAGACUCCUUGACGAGAGACCCCAGUCCUCCCUUCCAACUGUGCCCCCUAAGAGAGAUGGCGCCAGCCAGAACAGGAUUCUGCCCUCUGCUGCUGCUCCUGCUGCUGGGGCUGUGGGUGGCCGAGGACCCAGUCAGUGCCAGGCCUGGGAACAUGACCCCAGCUCAGUGGUUUGAAAUUCAGCAUGUGCAGCCCAGGCCUCAAGGCUGCAACGCUGCGAUGCGCAAAAUCAACAAGUUUUCCAAACGCUGCAAAGACCUCAACACCUUCCUACAUGAGUCCUUCUCCAGUGUGGCCACCACUUGUCAGACUCCCAACAAAGCCUGCAAGAAUCAUAAGAAGAACUGCCACCAGAGCCAGAAGCCUGUAUCCCUGACCGACUGUAAGCUCACCUCAAAGAGAUACCCAGACUGCAAGUACAAGGAGAAGAAACGGGUCGCUUCUUACAUCGUGGCCUGUGACCCUCCCAAGAAAGGGGACUCUGGGAAAUUCAAGCUGGUUCCUGUCCACUUGGAAAAAGUCCUUUAG